AUGGCUGCUGCCAGUUGUCUGCUGUGUGAACAUCAGUUCCUGUGUUCCAUCUGUCUGGAUGUGUUCACUGACCCGGUCACCACAUCAUGUGGACACAACUUCUGCAAAUCCUGCAUUACUGAACACUUCAACGUCAAUGUUCCAUAUCAGUGUCCCAUGUGUAAAGAGGUUUUCCACACAAAACCUCAGUUGAAGAUCAACACUUUCAUCUCAGAGAUGGUGGCCCAGUUCAGGCAUGAAGCUCAAAAGAGAGCUGUUUUAGACCACAAGAAUCAUGAGUUUGUUCCUCUGAGAAAAGAACAUGAAGAACAGAAGACAGAGCUGAAGAAGAUAGAGGCUGAAAUUUGGCAGAUGAUUCAGGAGAGACAACUGAAGAUCCAGGAGAUCCAACACUCAGUGGACCUCGGUAAGAAAGCUGCAGACAGACAAACAGCAGAAGGUGUUGAGGUCUUCACUGCUCUGAUGGAGUCUGCUCAGAGAAGUCUGAUCCAGCUCAAAGAGGAGAUCCAAGAAAAGCAGAGAACCACAGAGAAACAGGCUGAAGACUUCAUCAAAGAGCUGGAACAAGAAAUCUCUGAGCUGAAGAAGAGAGGCACUGAGCUGAAGCAGCUCUCAGGUUGUGAAGACCACCUCCACUUUGUCCAAAGAUUCUCAUCUGUAAACACUGCUCCACCCAUGAAGACCUGGACAAAGGUCAGCGUUCGUCCACCAUCAUAUGAGGGGACUGUGGUGAGAGCUGUGUCUCAGCUGGAGGACAAACUCAGAAAAGACAUGAAGAAGAUGGUUGAAGCUGAGCUGAAGAGAGUCCAGCAGUAUGAGGUGGAUGUGACUCUGGACCCAGAUACAGCAAAUUCCUGGCUCGUUCUGUCUGAAGAUGAAAAACAGGUUAAAUGUGGAGAUGGAAGGAAGAACCUUCCAGACAAACCACAGAGAUUUUCUCUCUGUUGUAAUAUUUUGGGAAAGCAGAGUUUCUGUUCAGGCAGGUUUUACUUUGAGGUUCAGGUCAAAGGAAAGUCUGGCUGGGCUUUAGGAGUGGUCAGAGAGUCUGUGAACAGGAAGGUCCACAUCGCACUGAAUCCUCAGAACGGAUAUUGGUCCAUCUGGUUGAGGAAUGGAAAUGAAUACUGUGCACCUUCUGUCCAUCUGUCCCUAGAGUCUCAGCCUCAGAAGGUGGGGGUGUUUGUGGAUUAUGAGGAGGGUCUGGUCUCCUUUUAUGACGUAGAUUCUUCAGUUCUCAUCUACUCCUUCAUUGGCUGCUGCUUCAAUGAUAAACUCCUCCCAUUCUUCAGUCCAUGUCGCAAUGAUGGAGGUAAAAACUCUGCUCCUCUGAUCAUCACUCCUGUCAGACACACAGAGUAG